AUGUCCUCACCCCCUUCAUCUGACAUACCUUGGUUAUUCAAUGGCAAAAGUGCCAUUGCGACAGGAGGCUCUCGCGGUAUUGGGCAAGCCAUUUCCAUUCACCUGGCACGUAAGGGCCUCAGCAAUCUGGCGAUCACAUAUGCAAGCAAGAUCGAGGCUACAGAGGAAACGCUGAAGAGAUGCCAGGAACUUGGCGUGGAGCAACGAAUCGCCAUCAAAGCAGACGCCCUUGAUCCUCGAUCCUCAGUUUGCGAUCCAACUGUCGCAUAUGGAGCUAGCAAAACCGCUCUCCAGAGCUACACCCGCGCCUUUGCCGAAAACUUCUCCAAGUCGAAGAAAGCAACGUUCAGCAGUGUCAUUGUGGACCUGACAGCCACAGACUCGAUCAAAGCCAGCCAGCACAUGAUGCCACCAGACUUUCUCGAUGGGCAGAUCCGAGACACUACUACAGGAGAAAGAAUUGGUGUUCCCGGCGAUAUCGCCUAUAUCGUGAGCUUCGUUGCAAGUUAA